AUGGGCUUUCCGCACGACUCAGCCUUGUCGCAAGGGUCAUUGAUCCUUGUCACUGGUGUCACCGGUUUUCUUGCGGGGGUCAUAACGGAUCAACUGCUUCGCCAUGGGUUCUGUGUCCGUGGCACUGUACGAGACCUCGACAGUGACAAAGCUUCUUGGAUGCCUAGCCAUUUUGAAAAGAGAUAUGGCACAGGGAAAUUUGAAAUGGUAGAAGUGAGAGACAUGGCAAGCGAAGGCUGCUUUGAAACCGCCAUCAAAGGCUGCAGCGGAGUGAUUCAUGUCGCUAGUGUCACUGGGUUCGAAGCUGAUCCUAACAAAAUCAUCACACCGAGCAUCGCCUUCGUCGAGAACAUUCUCGCCGCAGCCGAAAAUGAGCCCUCAGUUUCCCGAUUCGUACUGACAUCUUCUUCUGCUGCUGCCAGUCAGGACCGAAUCAACGAGGUCUACGAUUUGACCCCAGCCAUGUGGGCCAACUGGGCUGUUGAAGAAGCUUGGGCGCCACCACCAUUCACAGUAGAGAGAGCACGGGCGAACUACUAUGCGUCAAAAGUACUUAGCGAGCAAAGACUAUGGAAAUAUGUGCAAGAGUGCAAUCCCCGAUUUGUAGCGAACUCGGUAUUGCCGGACUUUGUCAUCGGGCUUGGAGUAGAUCCCGAAAGGCAAGGCUUCGUAUCUUCCAUGGGUCUUUACAAGCAGAUGUUUGAUAAUUCCGGCGAUGCAUGGAAAUCUUUCGGUCCCCAGUGGUGUGUCGAUGCAAUCGAUGUUACCCUUUUGCAUAUUGCCGGCCUUGUAUGCCCUCACGCAAGUAAUCAACGCAUUUUCGCAUACGCGCAUCGCAAAACCUGGGCAGACUUCAUUGCACGGUUACAGGAUAUGUAUCCAAAUCAUCGUUUUCCGGGCACAUAUGAGCUAAUUGGAAUUCCAGAGCCAAGUCCGCGCGAGGGACAAGAUCUUUCUAAUGUCACUGGGCGAGACUUUGCCAGAAACCUGCUGAAAUGGAUGGGUAAUUCCGAUUGGAGACCUUUGGAUGAAUCACUCAAAGAGGCCUCUGACUUCAUUUUACUGAACCAAAGUGCCGUGUGA